GCUUGGAGCGAUGCUGAGCUACUGGAGCCGAUCAGCAUUUGUGGAGAGGAGGCUGUGCAGGGACCCAGGAUGCCCCGCGAUCACACCCUUCCCACAAGACCGAUCGUCUAAAUGGCAAGAGCUGCACUGUGGGAUAGCUGCCCUCAGUGCGCUGCUCUCAUGGGUGAUGGAAAUGCUGCAACUGUAAACACGAUCUGACGCCAGCGCUUUCUUUCAUGGGUUCACUAUCACCGUUGAAACUGACAGCGCAAAAACUCUUCAAGUGUAGUCGUAGCCUAAGUUAGACCCAAAACUAGUUUUGGGGGGAAAUCUGUACUUGUGUUUCGAAGCUGCAAAAGGAAGAGAUGCCUCCCACUCCAGAGAGACGAACACUGGACUGGAGGGCUGGAGUUUCAGCUCUGCCAAUGAGGGUAUGUCUACAUGGCGAAAAACCUAUCCGGCAGCGAGUCUCAAAACCCAGGUCAACUGACAUAGGCUUGUGAUAUGGCGCUAAAAAUAGCAGGGUAAACAUUCCUGCUCACAUCAGAGCUCAGGCUCUGAAACUUGGGAGAAAAGAUUUGCAAAAGAGACUUGUAUAAGCAGCAUCUGCACCAGAUAUCAUGAGUGCUGCACACGAGGUGAAGUUAAACUGGUUCCAGUGUUUCUCCUCUGGUGAUAGAGAAGAAGUGUUUCUUAAAGUCUACAUUUUUGGUUCAAAAAGAUAAAUUAAUUCUUCAUGUAAUAAAGCCCCUGAACUCAGCUUCUUACACUACAGUGCUCUCAUUUACCUAUAACCACAAUAUCCUGCUUCAAAAGCAGAACACGUCAUUGUCUUGCUGUUGGCCAUGGUUUUCCUGUUGCUUUAGCUGAAAAGAAGGCUUUUUAUACGAGCCCUGUUCAAUGCUGUGUGCUGUGCCGAGGAGCCCUGAAGAUGAUUUCAUAUUGUCCCAUAUGCGGAAAGCCCGUUUACUUUGCUGAGAGGAAGCGUUCUCUAGGCAAAGACUAUCAUCCCCUUUGUCUGAAGUGUUACCAGUGCAAACGGCAGCUCAGCCCCGGCCAGCACGCAGAGUAUGAUGACAAACCCUACUGCAAUCACUGCUAUCUGCAGCACUUUGGACCAAGAGGAACAAGAUGGCCAACGUCUCGCUCAUCUCUUGGGGCAGCUUCCUCUUCCAAAGUUCCAGUGGGAAACCAGAACAGCUCCUAGAUGGCCCUGCGUUUAAUAUUCAAAACUUGGAGACUCAUUACUGGACUGUGAUAAAGUAGCAAGAAGGCAUUGUAUUUUUACCCACAGACUAAGAAAAAUGCACCUGAAGAAGAAUGUUGCUUCUGAGAAUGACUGAUAAUCCAGACAAGUCAUAAGAGAACAUGCUUCUAAACUGAAAUCCCUCCUACUGCAGAUUAAAAUUGUGCUGUGAUAAAUGAAUUUUAAUGAGCUACAAUGAAUUUUAAUGGGAUAUAUUCAUGUUUGUGUGAAGGGGACAUAUUCAUAGCAUCGACUUGAUUUUCUAACAGCUUAGAAAUUGUUGGUUUACUCAUCUGUUACCUGAAUUGACACUGAAAUCUGUAAAUAAUUAUCUCUUUACCAGUAUAAUGGACUUCCAGGUGGAAACUUUCUCAGCAAUGAUCAAUAGGUGUCUCCAAUUGUUCCCUGGUUGGACAGCUCAGAUGUACAAAUCUUUCCACCUCAUCUUUUCCAGUAGGGCAAAAAGCUGGAAGCUUGGAACCCAUUACUAUCAAUAUUUCCCCAGCUUUCUUCCCUGAAUCUGUCUUUGACUGGCAGCUGUUGGGAAUGUCAGCACAUGCCUUGGUUACUCUACUGAAAUGGUCAUCUCUAUCAUGGUGCAAUUUGUCUUCAUGUGUACGUGAGUUGGAAUGGAUGGAACAGUAGCCCAGUGAUAGUAUUUAAGUCCUGUAAAGACACAUGUAUGUCUCUGCAUUUGCCCAAUCACGGAUGCCUCCAGUGGUCACCCUAAAUUCCUAUUACAACCGGGGUCCUGACUCAGUUCCCUAAACUUUAAGCACGAGAGUAGGGCCAUUGAUGUCCAUGGUCAGAGUCUAGGCUCCUCUAUUACUGAUAAUUUGUUUUCCCCAACAAGUAUUGUUCAGAUAGCUUGUAAUUUUGUCUAUUUCUGAAUUAAUUUUGCUAAUUCAUAUAACUGGAGUUUUGUGGGUCUUUACACCCCCCUCAAUUUCUCCACAUUCUUCCAUUGUACUGAAUGAUCAGACCUGAAGGAAUUUCACAUCAUAUACACACACCCACACCCUACUCAAAGAAAUACCAAUUCAUCGGCAUUUUUAUACAAAAGCAGACUAAAAUUAAUUAAUGGAAAGAAACUCCAGCAGAAUGGAAGAUGUGAUGUGAUGUUCUUGUACUGAAAUGCCUUGCUUAUUAAAUCUAUGAAUGCCUUGCUUAUUAAA